AUGUCUCCUUGCCCCUCAUUGAUCAAGGCCGGCUUUAGACCGUGGUGGUGCGCGGUGCAGGAUGGCGAGUACCUGCGGGCCUCCGACCCCGCGUAUGAGCAGAUCAUGGACUCCCUGGCCAUGGUGGCGCGGCACACCCCCACCCCGCUGCUGGAGGCACUGCUGGGGUGGCGCAAAAGCGAGUCGCCCAGGCUGGCAGGAGAUGCUGCGGCAGUCCACAGGAAGCUGGCGGUAGAGUGCAUCUUCUGUUCUGCGGCUGUCCGCUUCGUGGAAGCGUGCCCUGCGGAGGGACUGAGCGAGUCGCUGUGGCGGGGGCUGGAAGACUGGGUGUUUGACUGGAUCAUCAAUGCGGACAAGUUGGUGAGCCACGUGGAGUACCCGUCGCUGGUGGAGCUGCGCGCGCUGCUCCUGGACCUGGUGGCCCAGCUGCUGGGGGCCCUCUCCGGCAAGAGGUUCGGGUCCGCCUCGAGCCGCCUCUUCACGGAGCUGAACCUGCGGCGCGGGGAUAGCAGCGGCCAGCGCAACGAGACGCUCAGCCUCAUCAGCGGAGCGCGCUAUCUCAGGCUCGAUGUGUCGAGCGCCAGCACUCUGAACGCGUCCACGUCGUUCCUGCUCAAGGCGAACCCCCUGUCGUGGACCCCCAGCAAGAAGCGCACGGAGCUGCACCACGCGCUGUGCAGCCUGCUGACGUCCGUGCUGGUGCCGCUGGUGGAGGCGCGUGGGCGCUGGCCGCCCCGCCACGUGGACGAGGCGCUGCGCCUCUGGCACGAGGCCGUCCUCAAGCUGCGCACGCAGCUGUCGCAGUGGGUCGACAAGCACAGCAAGCACAUCAUGGUGGGGUACCCGCUGGUGACGGUGCUGCUGUGCGUGGGCGACCCCGCCCUCUUCACCAUGCAGCUCCCGCCCUACCUGGAGGCGCUCUUCAAAGUGCUCAAGGAGAAGGCGUACCGCUCGAUGGCGCUCGAGUGCCUGCAGCGGCUGGUCCGCUUCUACCUGGAGGUGCACGCGGCCCGCGAGGCGCGCGCGGUGACGGUGGGCAUCCUGGCGGGCGUGACGGGCCACCUGCUGGCCAGCCUGCGCAAGGGCAACCUGCCGCUGGAGGCGCAGCACGACAAGCUCGUGCACUUCUGCGCCACGCUCGCCGACAGCCACCUCGACUUCGCCAUGAACAGCAUGCUCCUCGAGCUGCUGCGCCCCGACAACCCCCCCGAGGCCAAGGUCAUUGGCCUGCGCGCCCUCCUGGCCAUCAUGCACUCCACGUACGGCCUGUCCUCUGACGCCGCCGCCCCCCAGCCCGCCUCCUUCUCUCUGUCCCUCUCCUUGGGCCAGCCCCCUGCGCCUGCCCGCGCCCCGCAGCCGGCGGCGGUGGCCGCUCUCGGGGCGUACCUGCCGCAGCUGCGCGCAGCACUGGGGUCCAUCAUGCACACGUGCCACCUCAUGUUCGGGCAGUCGCUUCUGAUCGCGUCCAAGACGUCGCAAGAGCCGGUGACCAAGGAGCGCACGCAGCAGUGGGUGGUGUUCCGGUGGGCGCUGCGCUGCGUGCCGGCGCUGAUCCCGGAGCAGUGGCACGACAACAAGAUGACGGAGACAAUCCCCGUGUACGCCAUUAGCGUGGAGCCCGCGGUGCGCGAGGAGGCGGUGCAGGUGCUAUUUCGCACCGUGCGCGACCUGCCGCAGAGCCGCUUCGCCGUCAUGCGCGGCAUGGCCAACUUCAUCCUGCGCGUAUCCGACGAGUACCCCGCGCUCAUCAAUACCUCCCUCGCGCUGCUCGUCAGGCUCCUGAUCGCGUGGCGCUCGUGCCUGCUGGAGGAGGCCUCUCGUGGCGCCGGCAGCCCCGGCGCGGUGCGCGGCGACCGCGAGGGCUUCAAGGACGAGCCGGUGGGCACGUUCGACCCGUCCGGCAUGGACGCCGUAGGGCUCAUCUUCCUCUGCUCCGUCGAAGUCCAGAUCCGCCGCGUCGCGCUCGAGCUGCUCUACGUGGUGCGAGCCCUACACCACGACCUGGCCGCGCUGGCUGGCGCAGGCGGCCGGGACGGCAGUAGCGGGGCGCUCGAGGACGAGCCUCCGCCGACGUACGUCAUUGACAUCAUCGAGGAGGUGGGCGACGAGAUCGUGGCGGGCGCGUUCUUCGACACGGGCAAGUGGACGGAGGUGCUGCGGCACGAGGGCGAGCCCGUCCCUGCAGACGCGAGCAUCGUGGGCGUGCUGGAGGGCGGCGACAAGGGGCGGUGGGGCCGGUGCCUGAGCGCGCUGGUCAAAUACGUGGCGCAGCUGUGCCCCAGCUCGUGCCAGGGCGCGCGCCUCGAGGUGGUGGCGCGCCUGUCCACCAUCACGCCCGUGGACUCGUUCGGCAAGCCAACGCCGUACACGUACAGCCUGGAGAGCGAGAGCAAGAUCGAGCAGUGGCACCUGUACUGCAUGUUUGCGUGCGCGUGCCCCGCGGAGGACGCCGUGGACGGCGGCGUGCAGAGCGUGCGCGAGCUGAUGCGCCUCGUGAUGCCGUGCCUCAAGAGCGGCAACGACGCGCAGCAGUACGCGGCCAUGAGCGCGCUGGGGCACGCGCACCCCGACAUCUACGGUAUCAUGAUGAGCGAGCUGGACGCGUUCGUGGAGGACGUGGCGGCGGGGCGGCUGGAGCGGCCCAAGUGGGGCAAGAGCCACAAGCCGGUGCGCGACGAGGUGCGCAUGUGGGUCGCGCAGAUCUACCGCCUCGUGGCCGAGAGCCUGUGGCCCGGCCAGCUGGCGCGCCGCCCGGAGCUGGCGGAGGCCAUGAUGCGCUUCAUCGAGGACCAGUACAAGGUCAUCAACAGCACCACCACCGAAACGUUCGCCGAGGCGCAGCCCGUCAGGUACGCGUUGGCAGCCAUCCUGCGAGUUCUGUCUUCCGAGCUGGCGGCGGUGCUGCCGGAGCGCUUCAGCGCGCGCACGCGCAAGCGGCUGUUCGACCUGCUGGGCAGCUGGGGCGACGACGGGGGCGGGCUGUACCAGAGCGGCGAGCUGGCCGGCUACGCCGACUACCGGCGCGAGGUGGACAAAUUCAAGACGGCGCAGAGCCUCAAGAUGCGCGAGAGCCAGGACAGGAUGGCGCUCGACCGCGACCUCGCCGACCAGGUGGAGUGCAUUCAGUGGGCCGCCACGAACGCGAUGGCGGCGCUGCUGUACGGCUCGUGCUUCGACGACACAGUCAAGAAGAUGAACGGCCGCGUCAUGGUGUGGAUCCACGGCCUCUUCACGGGCACCAGCGACCGCGUCCCCAUGGGCGGCAACUACUCGCCCGGCGACCCGCGCACGCCCUCCCCCCACAUGCGCACCGGCUCUUACGCCGGCGUCAUGGCGUCCUCCGUCUUCGGCAGCACCACCACGCUGCCGCGCAGCAAGAGCGGGCUGGGGAUGGGAGGCCCUGCCAUGGCGGCGCGCAUCGGGGUGGCGCGCACGGCGCUGCUGAACCUGCUGCUGACCAACCCGGACAUGUUCCACUCGUGCAUCGACCAGUGCUACUCCUCCGACCCCCCCAUCGCGGAUGGCUACUUUGGCGUCCUCGCAGAGGUGUACUUGCGGGAGGCAGUGCCGGCGUGCGACGUGCCAGUCCUGCUGAGCCUGAUCCUGUACAAGGUGGUCGACCCCAGCAAGGCCGUGCGCGACGACGCGCUGCAGAUGCUCGAGACGCUCUCGCUGCGCGAGUGGGCGGGCGAGGACGCGGGCAGCGCGGGGCGGUACCGCGCGGCCGUGGUGGGCAGCCUGCCCGACAGCUACCAGCAGUACCAGUACCAGCUGAGCGCGCGCCUCGCGCACGACCACCCCGACCUCUCGGAGCUGCUCUGCGUCGAGAUGAUGCAGCGCCAGCUGGACGCAGUCGACAUCAUCGCACAGCACCAGGUGCUGACGUGCAUGGCCCCGUGGAUCGAGAACCUGAACCUGGUGGCGCUGUGGGAGACGGGGUGGGCGGAGCGGCUGCUCAAGAGCAUGUACUACGUGACGUGGAAGCACGGCGACCAGUUCCCGGACGAGAUCGAGCAGCUGUGGAGCACGGUGGCGCACAAGUGGCGCAACAUCAUCCCCGUCCUCGACUUUCUCAUCACCAAGGGCAUCGAGGACUACGACUCGCAGGGCGCGGGCGAGAUCGGCGGCGCGCUCUCCACCUACUUCAGCGUCGCCAAGCGCAUCAGCCUGUACCUGGCGCGCAUCUCGCCGCAGCAGACGAUCGACCACCUGGUGUACGAGCUGCAGCAGCGCCUCCUUGAGGACGACCUCGACGACGCGCACGCGCCGCCCCUCCUCCCCGACGACCUGCCCCCCGGCCGCGCCCUCGAGUUCUCCGCGCCGCCGCCCGCGCCCGCGUUCGACCAGUCGCCCACCGUGGUUGGCGGCCCCGCCCACAUGUCGCCCAUUCGGAGCUCGCGCACCUCCUUCGACUUCUCCAGGCACCUGUCGCGGGCGAGCUUCGACCGGCUGGGCAGCGGGGGCGCUGCAGGGCGGCCCUUCAGCAGCAUGCGCAGCCUGAGCGGGCCGCGGCGGUCGGCGCACAUGCCCACUCUGUCGCGCGACAGCGGGGACUUAUUCGUGGACACGCCGGGGUCGUCCGUCGAGGACGUGCGCGUCAGCACACCGCUCAGCCACCACCACCACCGGCCGUCCGCAAGCGCUGGGCUGCCGGCGGCGCUGUCCCGGGCGGACCUGGCGCUGAUCCUGCUGGCGGAGAUUGCGUACGAGAACGACGAGGACUUCCGCGGCCACCUGCCGCUGCUGUUCCACGUGGCGUUCGUGAGCAUGGACAGCCGCAGCGCGCUCGUGCUGGAGCACUGCCAGCAGCUGCUGGUCAACCUGCUCUACUCCCUUGCGGGCCGACACCUCGACCUCUACGAGGCCGCCGGCGGGGACACUGCGGGCAACCACAAGAACAAGGUGGUGACGCUGAUCAAGUACGUGCAGAGCCGGCAGGGCGCGCGCAUGUGGGAGCACGAGGCCAUGACGCUGAGCUCGACGGAGCUGCCGAGCGCCAUCCUGCUGGGCAGCCUCGUGAAGUCCGUCGUGGACGCAAUCUUCUUCCAGGGCGACCUGCGCGAGCUGUGGGGCGCGGAGGCGCUCAAGUGGGCGCAGGAGUGCGCGAGCCGGCACCUGGCGUGCCGCAGCCACCAGAUCUACCGCAGCCUGCGGCCGCCCGUGAGCAGCGACACGUGCGUCAGCCUGCUGCGCUGCCUGCACAAGUGCUUCGCGCACCCGACCACGCCCGUCCUCGGCUUCGUCAUGGAGGUCCUCCUCACGCUGCAGGUGAUGAUUGCGAGCAUGGCCCCCGAGAAGCUGAUCCUGUACCCGCAACUGUUUUGGGGCUGCGUCGCGCUGCUGCACUCGGACCUGGUGCCCAUUUACACGGCCGCGCUGCGCCUGCUGACCGCCGUCAUGGAUCGCCUCGCCGUGCACGACCGCACCGCGCAGACCGUCCUCCUCUCCAGCCGCCCCACCCCCGACCCUGCGCCCGCCUUUUCGGGCGCCGUGCCCCCUCUGACCCCCACCGCUGUGCCAAACGGAUCGUCCACCGCCGAUGCCCCCGUCGCCGUAGAAGGUCUGCCUCCGGCCGGGAAAAAACCCGCCUCGCCCGCGUUAAACAAGGCCUCGUCUGAGAGCUUGAGCACGGAGGCGAGCUUCGUGUCGGCGUCCAACGCGAGCGUGGGCCUGGUGCGCGGCGCCAGCGGCAACCUGGGGGCCAGCAACCGGAGCCUGCCCACCCUGGCCGACGUCGUAAUGGAAGACACCGCGCCGCCCAACCCCGAGACGGCUCCCGCGGCGCCCCCUCCCGCAGCCCUGUUUAACGACAUGCAGCCGCUGAUCCUGAAGGGCCUGCUGUCGCCCGUGAGCCAUGCCGCAGCGGUCGCCGCGCUGAGCCGCAUCACGUUGCUGCCGGGGGACGCCAUCUUUGGUCCAGCGGCGACGCGGCUGCCCAUGCACAUCACGGGCCAGCUCCCUUGGCUCUGCCUGCACGUGCGCAGCGCCCCCCCCGCCGGCCCCGCGCCCCUUACCGAGGUCCAGCCGGGUUCGCCGUCUGCCUGGGGCGACGCCUCGCCUGGCGGAGGCUGGGGGGCAACCGGCAGACCGGGCGUCUCUUCGGGGGCAGGCGAAGAACCAGAGCCGCGGAGUGUGGCGAGCCACCUGGCGCAGGCGUGCCGGGAGCAGGGCCUGACUGACCUGGCCAGCGUGUUUGGCGCGUACGCGGAAGGGGGCUACACAUCCGCGGAGCAGCUGGUCACCCAGGUGGCCCCCCUGGUGGGCGCCGCCUUCUUCCCCCGCCACGCCGGCCCCGCGUUCGUGCACCUGCUGCGGCUGCUGGAGCGCGGCCCCGCCGAGUACCAGCUCGUGGUGCUACUGCUGCUCCGCGCGCUGCUCGCACUGGGGCCCCCGGCCGCCGGCCAGGGCAGCUCCGUGUACCGCGCCGUGUCGCGCCUCGUGGAAGGGCCCCUGUGCGGGCCGGCGCUGGCCGUGCUGGAGGCGGCGCUGGUGAGCACGAGCGGCGAGCGCGUCCUCCUGCACGCCUCCUCCGACGGCCUGCACAGCGCCGCCUCGCUGGGCAAAGCCCGGGGCGCGCAAGCGCACAACUUCCCGUCGCCGUCGCGGGGGUGGCAGUUCAGCAGCAUGGGGGAGGGGAUGGGCGAGAGAGAGGCCGCAGGGGGUUGGGGGUCGAGCGGGACGGAAGCGCUGCCAAGCCGGGAGGAGGCCCUGCAGAACACGACGCAGGCGCUGGGGCUGGUGCUCAAAACGUACGGGCCCAGCCGGCGACGCGACGAGCGGCGGCUGAUCCCGUUUGUGACGGCCGGGGGAAUUGUGCCGGGCAGCCCCGCCAGCAGGGCCGCGAAUUGGACGUGACCGGGACAAUUGAAGUCACCGCACAGCUACGAUAAACUGCUUACGAGCCUGGCUGGCCGCUGCAUGAAUUGUUCGGAAAAGAUGUCGCAGGAAACCGCUUUGCCUAGGGGAUGGCAGACCUGCUACUUAUUUCCGCAUCGGGCCAGACUAUAGGGUCAGGAUAUGAGAUACUUAUACAGAUUCAGCGCAAGAAGCGGCACGGGGUGGCCGACCCACAGGCUACCUACAGUCCUUCACUCCGAGAUCAGAAGACCCGUUAAGAAGUCUCAAAUCGAUUGAGCUUUUUGAAGUGAAUACAGUUGCACGCAGAUUAUCAGCUCUGUAUACAAUACACCGUCAAGUAGAUGGUCACAGUCGAGGAUAGGUCAGGUAUUUGUGCGCAGUGACGUUAUAGGGGUAGCUUGCUAAAGUUGGCCUCUUGUUCGGACGAGGGGAGCUUCUUCAGCGGGAAGCCCGCUCGUGCCAAGUACUCUUAAGGAGCUGCUUGGCACCGCUAUGAGAUUGGAAAAAUUGGUGAUUGCAUUGCGUUAUGCAUGUGAUCUGUCCAACACAGCGGUGCUACUGCGAGUUGCUGACUCUCCGCCACCUGUACAUUAUACAAAUGUUGCACACUAG